UGUCUCGAAUUUCGCAGCAGCAUCCCCUUUGUGUGGCCGUAAUGCACGCUAAAAAAAUCCAUGGUUUUUGUGGCCGUUGUGCUGUCUCCCUGAGUGCUGCGCUCUCCGAAGCACCUCUCUCCUCUCUCCUCUCUCCAUCACGUGAUCUGGUCUUUCUUACAGGCUAAAGUGAAGACACAUCACAACUGCCCGCGUCCUUAUCCAAUUCCGAUGUGCGUAUUUGGAAGAACUGUACACAUUUACUUUUCUUCUGCCAACAAGAUGAGAAGGCUUAGCGAACAGCUAAAGCACUAGCCUAUGUCAAUCUACUAUCCCCCAUAGUAUAAAAAUUGACCUAUUCUGUGUGAGAAAUAAAUAUUCCAAAGUUUGGGACAGUUGUGGGAUGUGAUUGAUCCCAAAUUAAUACAACCACUAUCAUCAAAAAAAACAUUUUCACCCAAUGUGGCUUACGCAAGACAUCAAAGUUUAGCUUUAAAUGUUAAUAAACUGCUAUUUCUUCACAUUAUAAGCGCAGUUAGGCUUUACAUCCUUUGUAAUGCGGAUGAAUGUGCUUAAUUUUAUUGAGUUAUUUAGCUACUUUAGUUGUGAUACAAACCUUAUCAACACAUAAGCUAGGCUACAUGAGGGGUGUGACUAUGACUUGAAAAAGUAGCAAAAAAAGAGGCAUUGUUUCUUGUGAAUGAUGCCCAGCAUAAGUGAUGAAAUAUAUUUCACAAGUGAUAGGCUAAUACUUUCAUCCAUUAUACUAUUCUUGAUUUAAUCUCAUCUGUAUAUAUAUUAUUUAGUUUAUUUGUGAAAUUUGUUUUGAUUAUCUGUCUCUCUCAAAUGGGCAGUGGGAAAAAAUACAUGAAGCCUAAACAGAUAUAAUAUUUGACUAAAACAUAAUCAUUUCAAACUUUGAUUACAUUUGGGUAGAUUAUCUUGCGUAGGGUUCCGUCUUUCGGAUGGGACGUUCAAAUGGUUGUCCUGACUCUCUGUGGUCAUUCAAAAUUCCAUGCCACUUAUUGUAAGAGUAGGGGUGUUCAUCCCGGUGUCAUGGCUAAAUUCCCAACCUGGCCACAUUCCACCAUGGCCACCUAAUCAUCCCCUUCAUUCAUAAUUGGCACAUAUGACUCCUCACCUCGCCACCUGAUAGCUGAUAUGUGGUGAGCGUUCUGGCACAAAAAGGUUACCGUGCUUCACUGAGUUGGGAGCAGCUCAUUGACGGUGUGUCGUUAAAAUUCUAAUCAAGUAAGGGAGAAGAGACUUUCAAUUUCUUCAAACAAUCAACCUUUUAAUAUCGAUUUAUUUAUUGCAAUAAUGGAGCUGGUCAAUGAUCGUUGAGGAAAUUCAAAGGGUUUAUAUAGAAACCCCAAAACUGCUCAGUCAUGGUUGGUUCCACCUCUCCUCGGCAGAUCGGGGCAUCGUAAGCUACCUUGUUUUCUUCUUGUGGCUAUGUGUAUCGGGUGUGUGAGGUCAUAACGCACAAACGAGUGAUAACGGCAGUUCCGUUACUCCUUUCUCAACCAAGCUAGCCUCUUCUCCUCAUAUCUCCACACAGCGGUGCCCUUGGAAGAUAGUUGAAGAACAGGAUGGAAUGAAGAACUGUGGUCACUCUGAGGCUCUUUGUCUUAUGCUGUGUGACCAAGUUACUCUGAAGUAAAGAUGUUUCGUAACAGUAACAGGUUGUUUUGUCCAUUUAAGUUCUCUAUUCUGCAGUUGCCCCAUGUCCUUGACUUCACGCCUAGACGAGCUUCAGGGAGUGAACGUGGAAAAGCGGAACCAACCCUGAGGCUGGGGAAGUGGUGAAACGAAUGUGCAAGGUGAGAUGGCAAGACUUUGACCAGGACCUAUAUGUUGGUGCUACGGUGGUGCGGCCAGGGCAGGAUCCCUACGCCCGCAACAAGUUCAACCAGGUGGAGAGUGACAAGCUGAGGAUGGACCGCGGAGUCCCUGACACCAGACACGACCACUGCCGGCAUAAACAGUGGAAGACCGAGCUGCCUGCUUCUAGUGUGAUCAUCACUUUCCACAAUGAGGCCCGCUCAGCUCUGCUCCGCACCGUGGUCAGUGUUCUUAAGAAGAGUCCCCCCCACCUUGUCAAGGAGAUAAUCCUGGUUGAUGAUUACAGUGACAACCCUGAAGAUGGAGCCUUGUUGGGGAAAAUUGAGAAGAUCCGGGUUCUUCGAAACGAUCGUCGAGAAGGUCUGAUGAGAUCGCGGGUGAGAGGGGCCGACACAGCCACUGCCAGUGUUCUCACCUUCCUGGACAGCCAUUGCGAGUGUAAUGAGCACUGGCUGGAACCACUCCUGGAAAGGGUGGCAGAGGACCAAACGCGUGUUGUUUCCCCCAUCAUCGACGUCAUCAACAUGGACAACUUCCAGUACGUAGGCGCCUCGGCCGAUCUCAAAGGAGGAUUUGAUUGGAACCUGGUCUUCAAGUGGGACUAUAUGACCGUGGAGCAGAGGAGGGUACGUCAAGGAAACCCCACUGCUCCAAUCAAGACUCCCAUGAUUGCCGGCGGCCUCUUUGUCAUGGACAAGGACUACUUUGAGUUGCUGGGGAAGUACGACAUGAUGAUGGAUGUGUGGGGUGGAGAGAAUCUGGAGAUCUCUUUCCGCGUGUGGCAGUGUGGCGGCAGUCUAGAGAUCAUUCCCUGCAGUAGAGUGGGCCACGUCUUCAGGAAGCAGCACCCAUAUACCUUCCCUGGGGGCAGUGGCACUGUGUUUGCUAGGAACACGAGGCGAGCAGCAGAGGUGUGGAUGGAUGAGUUUAAGAACUUUUACUACGCCGCUGUGCCCUCGGCCCGAAACGUGCCCUACGGCAACAUUCAGAGCAGGAUGGAGAUGAAGAAGAGGCUUGGCUGCCAGCCAUUCAAGUGGUACUUGGAGAAUGUGUACCCUGAGCUGCGGGUCCCUGACCAUCAGGACAUUGCCUUCGGCGCUCUGCAGCAGGGAGGGAACUGCUUAGACACUCUGGGACACUUUGCAGACGGAGUGGUGGGGGUCUACGAAUGCCACAAUGCUGGGGGAAAUCAGGAAUGGGCACUGACCAAGGACAAGUCAGUGAAGCACAUGGACCUGUGUCUGACGGUGGUGGAUCGCACUGCUGGCUCACAAAUCAAAAUGCAGGGCUGCAGGGAAAACGACAGCAGACAGAAAUGGGAGCAGAUUGAGAGCAACUCCAAGCUGCGGCACGUGGGCAGCAACCUGUGCCUGGACAGCCGCAGCGCACGUAAUGGGGGGCUGACAGUGGAGGUGUGCAGCCCCAACCUCAACCAGCAGUGGAAGUUCACACUCAACCUCCAGCCCUAGAGAGAGAUGGACAGACAAACAGAGAGAGUGUAUCCCCCACCAGCACCACAUCCUCUCCUCCCCGGAGCCAAACAGACUAGAGCCACCUAUUACCAACACACACACAGACAGACGGACGGACAGACUGAGGUCCCCGAAGGGGCCACAACACACAGAGGGAAGCAGGAUAUUGAAACUACAGACUACCAAGUGGGAUGAUGAUGAUUUUAAUGUUGGUGGUGGUGAUGAUGAUAAUGCUUUCCCUCCAACUAUAUACCUCAGCAUUUCAUCUUUAGUCCCGCUCUUUGCAAUGUGAGAAAGUCAUUUUUCUUAUUACAGGCGAAAGAAACUUUCUGGAUGUUUUUUUAUUUUGUGCGUGUCCUUUGUUCUCUCUUUCCACUGAAGUUCUGAAAUGGAGAAGACUAUUAAUGAGUCAUUUUCUCUCUCUAGUAAUCUGUCUUUGUUGAAUGUAAAAGACGUAUUCUACAGAGGUUCCCUGACUAGACAAACUGGCCAGGAAGAAAGUGGAUUGUCUCAGCUGGUUUUGGCCCCUUAAAGUCCUGCUGGUAGAAGGGAAAUGACUCUAUGCACUGUUCCUCUCGUUCACUCAAACGCCUCUCUCCUGAUUGGUGGACUGCUCUGCCAGAGUUGAAAAGAGAUUUAAGAAAAUUAACAAUUUACUGAGUUUUCAUUCUGCUCCUGUCAUGCGUGUUGUAAGAAGGUACGUCAUCCGAUCAGAAGUGUUCUCUUCGCAGGCCUCUCAUGGAUACUGGUGGGGCCAGGAGUUGUCGAGGGUGUAUCGCUGCUGAAUCGUCACAGAUUGUAGCACUGGCUGCUACGGCUCCUCAGUGUUUGUCCCCUUUGUACAUCACAAUUGAAUGGAACCCCCCCCAACAAAAUUAUUUUAUAUAUAUAUAUAUAUAUAUAUAUAUAUUCAUUAUGUUUUUCUUUAUAUUUCUUUGUACUAUUGUUGCAUUCUGACAGUUCUCUUGUGAGUAAAAACAAAUCUACUUACUUCCUAAAAAAAAAAAGAAAAAAAAAGGUUGUCCUUCUCAGUGUCGGUGUUACCAUUGCAUCCAAAUCAGUAUUGGUGAAGAGUUUAUCACAGGGUAAUGUUGAAACCAUCAUUUCCAUUCUCAGAAGUCGACAAGUGUUGUCUCACAGUGUAUGUAUUUGUGAUUUGACAUUUUAGAAAAUGCCACUUGUUCAGCGUGCUAAGUGACAGACAGCAUGUACGCGGUACACGGCGAGGCCUUGCUGCAUGUUAUACCAAUACUUCUACGGCUUUUUUCUCCUACAGUUUCUCUUUCUGUCCAUUUGUUUCUCCACAUUACUCGCAUGCUUUGUGAAUGAUGUCUUUGCCUUUUUUGAUAUCCAUCCCAUUUAAAAGAGAAUGUGUCUGUGUGCUAGUGAACAGCUUUCAACAGGUUUCUUGAAGGAGGGCAGGUCAUUCGGCUAUAGUUAACUGCACUCACAAGGGAGAAAAGCAAUAAGAUGUUCCUAUUUCAAUGUCAUUGUUGUGCAUUUAGCAUCUGCUUCGGGACCAUUCUGAUUGGGUUUCUACAUGUAGCUUGUGAUAUGUGGUACUUUAAACGUUACUGUUUGAGGGGCAGUAGAACCCACCUUUAAUGUGAUGGCCCAAGGAGCCUAUAACGACUUAUGAAAGCAACAAUUAAUCCAUUGACGUGACAUUGGUUUUGUCUCGUGGGGGUUCCCCUGAUAUCAAUGGAGAUUAAUUUAUUCUAGAAUAGCAAAUUACUUAUUAUUUUGUAAGCCCUCAUUAUAUAUGCAUAACAUUUACCAUAAGAAAUCUGUGUACGUCCUACACAUCAAUCCCUGUGUGUUCUACACCAUUCUGGUCAAACUUCCUGAUACAAAAGGAAUCUCCAACCAUCAGUACAGAAAGGAGCAUCACAGCGACGGAGCAUAUGCAGCAGUCCCUAUCUGACGCUUGUGGAAAAGGUAUUGCAUUUAAAAAAUGCCAAAGAGGUGUCCCACAGUAAGAGAGGUGUCCCACAGUAAGAGAGGUGUCCCGCAGUAAGAGAGGUGUCCCGCAGUAAGAGAGGUGUCCCGCAGUAAGAGAGGUGUCCCGCAGUAAGAGAGGUGUCCCGCAGUAAGAGAGGUGUCCCGCAGUAAGAGAGGUGUCCCGCAGUAAGAGAGGUGUCCCGCAGUAAGAGAGGUGUCCCGCAGUAAGAGAGGUGUCCCGCAGUAAGAGAGGUGUCCCGCAGUAAGAGCGGAAACCGACCAUAAUAUUUUAUUUGCAGUUCAGAAUGUGAGAUCCGUGUGCGAGCAGGACUAUGAAAUCAUGAGAUGAGUUGAGGGUUGUAACCUCCGUUAUGAGUUGGUGGUUGUAACCUCCGUUAUGAGUUGGUGGUUGUAACCUCCCGUGUGAGAUGAGUUGGGGGUUGUAACCUCCCGUGUGAGAUGAGUUGGGGGUUGUAACCUCCUGUGUGAGAUGAGUUGGGGGUUGUAACCUCCCGUGUGAGAUGAGUUGGGGGUUGUAACCUCCCGUGUGAGAUGAGUUGACAAGUUUCACAUGGUAAGAGCUUUGUCUGCUAUCAUGUACGUCACUGUUGAAAUUGAAACAAUUCUAAUGUGAAAUUCAGGUGGCCUACAGUACUAAAAGGGAUUGCUCGGGUGAACAUUGUCUACAUGGUGGCAACGGUUGUUCAAGUAUUGAAUCAAGCCUUUUUUGUAAGAUUUAUGUGAAAAUGACAAGUUUGCUGUUCACUUUAGUAGAAGAAUAAAAAGAAUCCUAGCAUUACAGCCACAUUUUAAAUUGGAUGAAAUGUUUACAUAGCACAAUGUGCCAAAGUUAUUUACUUAUUUGAUUUACAUUGUCAAUACAAGGUGAAGGGCGUGCCAUUGGCAUAAUGAUGACGAAUUAUAAACCAAAUCAAGAAAAUAGUAGUUUGGGACAUCAAAUAUGAUUUGUUCCUUUGAUAAAACAGUUUGCUGUAGGAUUCAAAUCACAGGGGAGGCAGCAUGGGGGUAACCAAUGUAAGAGUGUAUGUUUGUAUAUACACUACGUUGAUCUACUGUACAGUAUGAACAAGCAACACCAGUGAGUGGAUCUACUGUACAACGCUUGGAAUUGUUCAUUGUUUUAUAGCUAUGGCAAAACUUUUACUUUAAAUUAGGAAAAAUGUACUUAAAUAAAUGCAUUUAUAUAUGAGAGAUGUGGCCUUUCUUUACAUUCCUUGAAGACUUGGUUAAUUAGCAAUGAGAAAUAAGGUUUGGAAGCCAGAGUUUUGUUGACGGCUGUAACUAAAUCAUUCAGUCAGUUUUCCUGGCCUGCUUGCUCUCAUUGCUAUGCAGAGUCCUCCUCGGGGGAAAACAGGACAGUAUUGUCAUGGAAACAGCCUCUAACAAAGAUCCAGCCCUGGCUGUUCUCCAGUGUCUCAAAUUUCCAUUCAGCAAAUUGUGGACAUCUCUCUCAUAUUAGGGGUUCUCAAACCUCUCCUCGGGGACCCCCAUCUGUUCCAUGUAUAGGAUCCAUUUCAGAGCUAGCACACCAGAGUCAACUAAUUCUCAAGCCCUUGUCUGGGAGAAUUAGUUCAGGGCUUCAACACACCUGGGAAAUGUCUGGGGGUCCCCGAGGAGAGGUUUUAAGAACUAAUCCUAGCCCUGGGGACCUCAGGUAGACUUUUGUUUCAUCCCUUGUACAUCAACUCAUCAAGCCUUUAAUUAGUUGAAUCAAUUGUGUGAGUGUUAAACCAGUAUUUACCAGGAUUGGGAAACACUGGUUUAGAUGCAGGUGCAAAGGGAGGGUUGUGUUUUAAUACACAUAAAUGUCCAGCUCUAAUACCUGCUGCAUGCACAAUCCCACAGUCAGAGGAAACUAAAGGGUUUGUACAUAUGUGUAACGCUCCAUCACAUCCCAGGGUAAUGUAACAGACAUUAAAAGCCAAGUGGAGUCAGAA